AUGUCACUUGAAAACCCCUCCACCAACGACAAAGUCAUUACCCCGAGCACCGCAUCGAAAGACUCCGCUUCACCCCUGCUGAGAAAUGCUCUGGGAAGUUCCAAUGCAGGGCCAACAUCCCAGCCGGUAGGCGAUGAGACAUCAACCAAGCCGCGAAAGCGAGAUUUUUGGAAAUUUGGCAAGAAGCAGGAAGAGGACACGAAGCAAGCAAAGGGCAAGGCUCCUAUUUCUCCCAAAAUCAGAGCUUCCACUGUCAGCCCAUCAGUCGGGAUCAGUCCAGCAUCUCCCGGCGGAUCAGCAUCACCGCACCGAGGUUCCCUGGUUCACUCAUAUGGGCGGCCUGGGUCUCCCGGCUAUGGAGUGCACAACACCUCUCCAAGACCCCAGUCACCGGCAUCGUCCAUGAUCUUUGAACGGAAUGUCCAGGAAGACGUCUUGCCUCCAGAGACUUCUCCGCAUCUACCCUCUCAUGUCAUCAUGGAGAAUCACAUUGCGCCAGCACUCGAUGCGUCUGCAGAGGCCAUUACCAACAACAAGCUAGAUCCUGACUCUGUGGAGAUCGUGACACAUGCUACACAUCAAUCUGCGGCCGCCACCAUUACAGGUCUAGGAGCCGAGCAAUCGCUGGCAUCUUCUGUAGUGGAUGAGUCCCCUUCACCACCAGGACACCGACACGAUCCGGACAAUGUAUCUACGUUUGGCUCCUUCGAAUCGGGCGACGUCCGCCGAUUGAGUUUUAUUUCCUUUGCCGACGUUGUCCACGGCGAGCAGGAGUUGGGCGUGGCCGACCCUCGACGCGACUCGGCACACUUGUCAGGGCAUCCGUCUCUUGCUCCCCCGCGGUCGCCAUCGCCCAUUCGAUCCCCUACGUCCUCGGGGGCGUUUGGAACUUCUCCACCGACGAGCGUGACCGCGUCCUUGAAAGGAUUGGAACAAUCACCCAACCGUGGACCACGAGGAACUGGAAGUCCAUUGCCAGGACAGAGCUCUCCAUUGGCGCUUGGCAGUGAGGUCAACAUCGAAACAAUGAGUCAGGCGCUGCGAAGAACCGGCAGUGGAGAUUUGAGUCAUUUCCGCAGUGCGCCGGGCAGCGCGGUGGGCAACGAUGAUGGGACUUAUCUUGAUCGCCCGUUCCGAUAA